CCAUGUUUUUUUUUUAUAUAUAGCAAAAGAAAAGUUCCAUUUAAGACCUUUCACAUGGUUUGAUUUCUGAUACAACAGAUAUAGCUUGGGGAAAAGCAAAUUGCUACCGUAUUACUGGAAAUUUAGUUGCUUCUGCUAAAUGGGUUUUCUGUUGUAAAAUAAUCAAACUGAAAACAAAGAGUGUUUGAGGUUUUACUCAGAGAUGAAUCCAAGAAUUCUGACAUUCCUGCUUGUUGCUUCCCUCCAAAUUUUUAGCAUAGAAGCACUGACUAACAGUCAAGAUUCAACUGCGCUGAAUGCUUUAAAGGAUUCAAUGAGAAACACACCACCUAAUUGGGUGGGUGCAGAUCCUUGUGGAGAUAGAUGGGAUGGCAUAGGGUGCACUGGUCAACGCGUGACUUCAAUAACAUUGCCAAGCAUGGGAUUGACAGGACAACUGUCUGGAGAUAUCUCAUCCUUCUCAGAACUACAGAUUCUGGAUCUAUCAUACAACAAGGAACUAGGAGGACCUCUUCCGCCUUCUAUUGGGAAUUUGAAGAAGCUAAGAAACUUAAUCCUGCUUGAUUGUAGUUUUUCUGGUCCUAUCCCUGCUUCAAUAGGAUCACUGCAGCAACUGGUCUUUCUAUCUCUAAAUUCUAAUAGCUUCAGUGGACCAAUCCCACCUUCAAUUGGCACUCUAUCUAAGCUUUAUUGGCUGGAUCUAGCUGACAAUAAGCUUGAUGGACCCAUCCCAGUCUCCACAGGGACUACACCUGGUCUUGAUAUGCUAGUUAAUGCAAAACACUUUCAUUUUGAAGCGAACAAGCUCUCUGGCCCAAUCCCAUCUCAACUUUUCAGCUCAGACAUGACUCUCAUACAUUUGCUUUUUGGCAGCAACAACCUCUCUGGUAGUAUUCCUUCUUCUGUUGGCCUUGUAAAGACUUUGGAGGUUGUACGCUUUGAUAGGAAUUCAUUGACAGGUCCUGUCCCUGAGAACCUCAACAAUCUUACCAGUGUUAGUGAUUUAUAUUUAUCCAACAAUCAAUUGACAGGACCUUUUCCCAACCUCACUGGGAUGAAUUUGCUCACUUACUUGGACAUCAGCAAUAAUAGUUUUGAUGCAUCAGAAUUUCCUUCUUGGAUUUCAACCUUGCAAUCUUUGACAACAUUAACGAUGGAGGGCGUACAACUUCAGGGACAGGUUCCAACUAACUUCUUCAGCCUUCCCAGUUUACAGACUGUGGUAUUAAGUAACAACCAGCUUAAUGGCUCUUUAGAUAUCGGAACAACGAUAUCGGAACAAUAUGGUAAUGGAUUACAACUUGUUGAUUUGCGAAAAAAUUUCAUUUCUGCCUAUACGAAAAGACCAGGACAAAAUCAAGUUGCUGUCAUUUUUGUGAGCAACCCAGUUUGUGAUGAAACAGGAGUAACAGAAACUUACUGCACUAUUCCCCGACCUGGUUCUUCAUAUUCAACACCACCAAAUAAUUGUGUGCCUGCUUCUUGCACUGCAAAUAAAACUUCAAGUCCUAACUGUAAAUGCUCAUAUCCGUACACAGGACUUCUAGUUUUCAGGGCUCCAUCAUUCUCAGACUUGGGAAACUUCACCACUUACACAUCUCUUCAGCAAAAAAUGAUGGAUUCUUUUAGGUCCAAUCAACUUCCUGUGGAUUCAGUUUCUCUAAGUAAUCCAAGAAAGGAUUCAUCUCUGUAUCUUGAUUUGAAUCUGAAAAUCUUUCCAUCAGGCCAUGAUCGUUUUAAUCGAACAAUUAUUUCUGGUAUUGGAUUUGUGCUAAGCAAUCAGACUUUCAAGCCACCUCAUAUGUUUGGACCUUACUAUUAUAUUGCAGAUGAUUACAAGUAUUUUCCUGGGGAAGAUAUAGGAUCAAGCAGAUCAAACACUGGCAUUAUCAUUGGAGCUGUAGUUGGUUGUUCUGUUAUUCUGCUAUUAUUAAUCUUAGCAGGCCUUUAUGCUUAUCGUCAGAAGAAGAAAGCAAAAAGAGCAACCGAACAGAACAAUCCUUUUGGUACAAUUUUGAACAACUUUUCAAUUUUAGUAUUCUCAAGUUCAAAUGGAAUCUCUCGGAUUUACUUUGUUACUUCACAUUGUGAAAUUGUAGCACAUUGGGAUUCAACUAAGAACAGUGGUGCUGAUAUUCCAAAGAUAAAAGCAGCCAAAUGUUUUUCUUUUGAAGAGCUCAAGAGAUAUACCAAUAAUUUUUCAGAAGCCAAUGAUAUUGGAUCCGGGGGUUAUGGAAAGGUUUACAGAGGAAACCUUCCUUCUGGACAACUAAUCGCCAUCAAACGAGCUCAACAAGGAUCAUUGCAGGGUGGGGUAGAGUUCAAAAAUGAGAUUGAACUUCUAUCCAGAGUUCAUCAUAAAAAUUUAGUAAGCCUUCUGGGAUUUUGCUUUGAGCGAGGUGAACAAAUGCUUGUGUAUGAGUUUGUUACAAAUGGUAGUCUCAGUGAUAGUCUAUCAGGGACGACAGGAAUCAGGUUGGAUUGGGUCAGGAGACUUAAAAUAGCCCUUGGUGCAGCAAGAGGUCUGGCCUAUAUGCAUGAACUUGCUGACCCUCCUAUUAUACAUAGGGACAUAAAGUCCACCAACAUUCUACUGGAUGAACGGCUAAUUGCAAAAGUUUCUGAUUUUGGUCUCUCAAAGCCUGUUGGUGACACUGAAAAGGGUCAUGUUACUACUCAAGUUAAAGGAACAAUGUUCAUCUGAUGUUGAAAAAAAUGCAAGCUAAAAAGACAGAAAAUGGAGUAAGAAGAAAAAUGAUGCCAACAAUUAUUUAGCUAGUAGCUACCAUCUUCCUAGGAGUGAAUUUGUAAAUGUUGUAGCUGAAAAUACUUAUUUUACAUUUUUUAGGGC